UGUGUGCCACAGCGGGUUCUGCCAUAUAUAGAAUCAUUUAGAAGCAGUCUUCAUAAACAGUCAUUUGCAAGGGAUUUGUUUUAAUAGAUUUAAGUAUUUCAUCUGGAAGUUUAUGAAUAAGCAGCAGAAGCCAGUGCUAACAGGACAAAGGUUCAAAACCAGGAAAAGGGAUGAAAAAGAGAAGUUUGAGCCAACUGUGUUCAGAGACACCAUUAUUCAAGGCCUUAAUGACGCUGGGAAUGACUUGGAUGCAGUAGCCAAGUUUCUAGAUGUUACAGGAUCAAGACUAGAUUACCGCCGCUAUGCAGACACACUGUUUGAUAUCCUUAUUGCUGGCAGCAUGCUUGCCCCUGGAGGGACACGCAUUGAUGAUCAUGACAAAACCAAGGUGACCGAUUACUGUGUAUUUGCUGCCACUGAGGAUCACAGUACAAUUCGCAAUUAUGCUCAGGUGUUCAGUAAACUAAUCAGGAGAUACAAAUAUUUAGAAAAGGCUUUUGAAGAAGAAAUAAAAAAGCUUCUCCUAUUCCUCAAAGCCUUCACAGAACCAGAACAGAUGAAACUUGCAAUGCUCACUGGAAUUCUUUUAGCUAAUGGAACACUUCCUGCCAGUAUUUUAACAAGCCUGUUCAGUGAUGCCCUUGUCAAGGAAGGAAUUUCAGCAUCCUUUGCUGUCAAACUUUUCAAAGCCUGGAUAUCAGAAAAAGAUGCUGGUGCAGUCACAUCAUCUUUAAGAAAGGCCAAUUUGGACAAAAAGCUACUUGAACUAUUCCCUGCUAAUAAGCAGAAUGUGGAGCACUUUGCAAAGUACUUUAAUGAUGCUGGUUUAACCGAGCUCUCAGACUUUUUACGAGUGCAGAAGUCUCUGGGAACUAGGAAGGAGCUUCAGAAAGAUCUUCAAACACGUCUUUCUCAGGAAUGCCCUAUUAAGGAGAUUAUCCUUUAUGUUAAAGAAGAAAUGAAGAGAAAUGAUUUACAAGAACAUGCUAUAAUCGGUUUACUGUGGACUUGCAUAAUGAAUGCUGUUGAGUGGAAUAAGAAGGAAGAACUGGUUACAGAACAGGCUCUGAAACACCUAAAGCAAUAUGCUCCACUGCUUGCUGUGUUUACUACACAAGGCCAGUCAGAGCUCAUCCUUCUUCAGAAAGUUCAGGAAUACUGUUAUGACAACAUUCACUUCAUGAAAUCUUUUCACAAGAUUGUUGUUCUUUUUUAUAAAGCUGAUGUCCUAAGUGAGGAGGUUAUCUUGAAAUGGUACAAAGAAGCACAUGUAGCGAAAGGAAAAAGUGUGUUUUUGGAACAAAUGAAGACAUUUGUGGAAUGGCUUCAAAAUGCAGAAGAAGAAUCUGAAUCAGAAGGUGAAGACUAGGAUAAAAAGAACUUGUCACAAAGGCAAAUUCCACCCUAAAAUAUUUUUUAGAACUAAAACAAGGUUCCAUUGUAAGAAGAAAUGAAAUGUGGACUGAGGCAUCAAAAGUUUUCUCUGGUCCACUGCAGUCUUUUUACAAUAAUCUUUUUUUGAAAAGCCAUUCAUGAAAGAGCCAUAUGAAGAAAUAUUUCAAUGUAUAUGGACACUUGGUACUUUAGUACUUAGCACCGUAAAGUUUAGUGUUUUUUUAAUUAGUAGCACAUUUUGUUUCUAUUUACAAGCCAGUGCUUUUUGUUCUUAUUUAUAAAUAUUUUGACCAGUAUUUUUGUUCUCCCAGAUUGCAUUUUUUUAUUUCCAAUAAACUGAUUUUUAUAUAAUGUAUUCAGUAAAGAGUUUCCUUAACAUUUCAUAUUCAUAAUAUUCUUAAAACAGCAAAAAAUGUAUUAUGAUUUGAAGUUGUUACCAACAAAACUUUUUAUAAGGGUUUCUGGUAACUUUAUAGAGGUUAGAAUGUAAACCAGGGACAAGCAGUCUGGCACUUGAUUCAAUCACAUAAUUCAGGGCAAAAGUAGCCAAAUGGAGACUUUAAGUUCCCAUUUUUAAAGUUCUAAACAUGCCAAUAUGGGACUUGUUUAAUUCUGCACAUAUGAUGAGCUUGUGGAACUAGACUUUCCUGCUGACAUGCCGUAUUAUAAGAAGUUUUAUCAAAUUAAUUUCCUUUGUAUAGGAGGUGCAUUUAGAAAGGUGACUGAUGUGGAGUGAAAUGAUGUCUGUCACUGUUGUCUUUAAACAAAUGCAGCAACUAGAUGGUAGUAACUGUCAAGAAUUCCAGGUAAAUUAAACUAUAUUCCAGUAGGCACAUCAAAAUUUCACUUUUUGUGUUAAGGUGAAUGUAAAACUUGCAUUUUAGCUUCAGUGAAAACUCAAUUCCUGUACAGUUUUUAUAGUUUAAAUCUUCUGGUUAGCCUGAAGGUACAAAUGGUUUUAGUUUUAUUCAAUUUUAUAUACUGUAGUACUUGAACAUGUUUGAAUGUAUGUAUUCUGUAAUGAAACCCAUGUUUUCUCAGUACUGGUGGGUGUUUGUAAUUUACAAAAUGUGUAUAUGUAGAAAUACACUUAAAGCACUAAUGUAAACCUGUAACCAUUGACCAGUCUGAAACAAUACAGCAGAACAAAUUACUAUACAGAGAGAUAUAGGGAUCCUUAAAGUUUAUUUCUGAAUGAAACAUACAAUUCAAUAUGGUUGUUUUUAAAACCAACAAUUCAGGUAAACCUUGAAUAAAUACUGUAAACUAAAGGAGCGAAGCUAGUCUCUUAAUUAUGGAGGUGAGGAAAUAAUGCUGUGUGUGCACAAUGGUUAAUACUGUAUCUAAAUAUGGUUUCAGAUGUAAAAACCAGCCUAUAAUAUGAUGAAUGUAAAACAAGGCGGGUGGGCGUCUGUGCAUGGCUAGGUUUUAAAAUAAAGUUCUGAAUUUGAGAUCA